ACGGCAAGAGAGCAUAUGGCGAAGGAAAAAAGAAACAUCAAUAUACAGCGUUUAUCUCAUGAACGAGUUACUUUAAAACAAAAAAAACAACUGUAGACCACACGUCAACUGUUCUGUGUAUUUUUGUGUUGCACUUUCUUUUUCGUUUCUUAACCUUAUUCUCGCUUGGGCAUCAUUUUCUCUGAGCAGUUCCAACCACUUCACAAUGGGUGUAAAAGACCAGACUGGACAGCUUUCUGGCUCAAAACACGCUCGUAAUGCCGAUGAAGAAAUGCAGGAUGCAUCAUUCUCGGAGGACGUUACAGAGGUUCACAGUGACUUGCGAACCAAACGGCCGAAGUCGGGACACAAAGCUGAGGUUCUUGAGGAUUUGACUUUGUCAAAGCUCAGUGCGUUUGAUCUGAAAGUCAAUGAACUACUAAAAGAGGUCGUUGUUUCUGGAAAACGCGUCGCGAAAGCACUUAGUUUCGUAAACUCUCUGAAAAAGACGAUUCGAAAGAUUUCUGAAGUGCGGGAAGCUCCCUUUUGGGAUGCUAAAAAGAAAUUGGAACAUGACUACAAACUCAUUAUUCCAUUUCCUCAACCUCUUCCUCCUACUGAUACAAACAUAAAGUUGUCCUACAAACCGCCUGUGUCUGUGGAAGUAUCUGGCCUUUUUGGACAAGAUCAGGCCUGUGUUUCACCCGAUGGAUGGUCAAUUGACCUGUUGAUUGAAAUUCCAGGAGACUUGUUCACAGAUAAGGAUUAUUUGAACCUUCGUUAUUUCCAUAAGCGAGCUUAUUACUUGGCAAAAAUUGCCGGAAAGGUCACGAAGUCACUUAAGGACUCGUGUGAAAUCUCGUUCACAUUUUUGAACGACGACACGAGAAAACCUAUUCUCGAAAUUGUUCCUAAGGAUCAAACGGGUUCUGCAAAAAAGCAUUAUCGCGUUCGUUUACUUCCGUAUGUGAACGAACGUUUUCGCAUUCAGAAGCUUCUUCCUCACAAAAACGGUAUUCGUACGGUUGAAAGCACGGAAGACCACUCACUUCUCCCCACGCCUAAAUACAAUUACUCAAUUCUCGAGGACACAAGUCUGGGCUAUUAUGCUAAGUGCGUGAAAGAAGUUGCAUCUUCCCCCUAUUUUGUUAACGCCUGUGCGUUGGGUAAUGUUUGGCUUAAUCAACACGACUUUUCUUCUAGUGUUCAUGAAUGCGGUUUUGGGUUCCAUGAAUGGUGCUCUCUUUUAGCCAUUUUGAUGAGUUCCAAGGACAUAUCGGCUGGCUUCUCUUUGUCUUCUUAUUUGCCUGCUGUGCAGCUGUUUAAAGGAACGCUUAUGUUCCUUGCCUCUAAGGAAUUAGAAAAUUCAAUCCUUCAAACAAAUGGAUCCAUCGAUACUUCCCAUUUUUCAUCAAAACCAACAUUUUUCGAUGGUCGUACGGGGCUUAAUUUAUUUCACAAGGUCAAUCCUGUUUUCUUCCAAAAAUUGCAAUCGGCUGCUCGUCACACGUUGCGUUUGACGGGUGCUGCAGAUGCGGACGCUUUUGACAGCGUGUUUUUGACAAAGGUUAACUCGCCUAUUAUGCUUUAUGAUGUAUAUGGCUACAUUCCUGUACAACUUAGUGUUGAAGAAGGCGAUGUGACCAAGGAUUCAGAUUCUGCGUUUACGAAUUAUCUGGAUGACAUCUAUCAGUUGUUGAAGAGAGGACUUGGUGACCGUAUCGACUUUUUGACAGUGUUCUCCGCUACGCAAAUGAAGUGGGGGCUUAAGGAUUUGUGGUAUACGGCCCUCCCCAAAGAAAUCAGUAUCGGUAUUCUACUCAACCCAGAUGUCUCAAUCCGUGUUAUCGAUAUUGGACCAUCGGCUGAAAAUGAAGCUGAGGCAGCGGCUUUCCGUGAGUUUUGGGGUGAGCUUUCUGAGCUUCGUAAGUUUAAGGAUGGAACUAUUGCCGAGUGUGUAUAUUGGGAUUGUCCUACGCCCGAGGAUCGUCGUCGAAUACCUCAGCGAAUUAUUCAAAAGGUGCUUUCAAGACAUAUAGCUUCAACCGUUGGCGAUUGUGUGAGAUUUGUUCAUGACGGUUUCAGUGAUGUUCUUGGACGCACUGCACUCGUAAACUCUACUGACACAUUCCAUGAGUUUGUUCCUGUUCUUAAUGCUUAUCAUGAAGCAGUGAAAACUGUUAUGACUCUUGAGGAUAUGCCUUUAGCAAUUGCCGAUGUAGUGCCUGCUGACGAAGCACUGCGUUACAGUUCAAGCCGUAUCCCGGGAGCAGAAACUUAUGCUACGUCGCCGGUUAAUGUUGUUUUUAACUUUGAGUCGUCCGCACGUUGGCCCGAUGACUUGGAAAGCAUUCAGAAGACGAAGAUCGCAUUUUUGUUAAAGAUGGCUGAAGUGUUAAAUGCCGAAGAAAACGUUGAGAGAGCUAUGGUUGGUCUGGAAAAUAAUGACAAACCAAAGUUCAACAACUGUUUCCUUCAGGUCAUGUUCACCAAUGGAUUCACUUUUAACUUCCGUCUUAGACAUGAUCGUGAACUUACUUUGUGGGACUUGAGACUAAAGCGUCGUGAAAACGUACAAGAGGCGAAAACUGGAAAGUUUGCCUACGAACAUGAUUUCCAAUUUAUUCCAAGGCAUACGCUUGCUAUUCAAGCAGUAUGUCAAAAAUAUCGGAGUUGUUCAAAGGCAAUUCGUUUGGCAAAGCACUGGUUCUACUCACAUCUUCUCACAGAUCAUGUUAGUGAUGAAAUUAUUGAACUUCUCGCUGCAAGUGUUUAUGUGAAUUUAAAUUCCUGGCAGGUUCCUUCUAGUGGUGAAACAGCAUUUUGUCGAAUGCUCUAUUUCUUGUCGACAUGGGAUUGGCGUUUUGAACCCUUAAUUGUUGAUGUGAAUGAAAAUAUGACGGCUGACCAAAGAAAUGAAAUUCGACAUGCAAUGGACCAACACCGGAAAAAUGAUGUUUCGCUCUCACAUGCUGCAUUUUUCGUUGCUGUGGAAUAUGAUUUGGAAAGCAAGUAUUUGGGUUGGCUUACUCCCUCAAAGGUAAUUGCUAAUCGUAUUACUAUGCUUGCAAAAGCAUCGUUCCAACUGUUGACGAGUACUACGCCGGAUUUGAAGUUACUUUUCCAACCUUCUUUAACUUCUUAUCAUUGCAUUAUCCGACUCCGGACAAGCAAGCUUCCUAUAUUCAGAGAGAAAGCCAAGCUUGAGUAUAAAAACUUACAGAUGCUCGUUUCCAAUCGACCUGGUUUCGACCCUGUAAAAAGCUUUGUAGAGGAAUUAAUGCGUAUUUAUUCGGACGUUGCGUACUUCUUCUACAACAAGAAUGGUCCUCGGCUUAUCGCUUGUGUCUUCGAUCCUAGAGUUCUGGAACCACGUCCGUUCAAAAUCAGUCUUGAUUACCCAUUUGUUGUACAAAAAUCUGGAAAUGUAACUUUGGACAUUGACCUCGUUAUGGAAGAGAUACGGCGUCUUGGCGGCGACAUGAUAAAAAGUGUUGAGCGCGUUUAAAAUUUUAGGCAGAUGUUGGGUACAUUUGCAUUUUGUCAAAGACAUUGUUAUAUUAGACAUAUAAGAAAUGAAAAUUUUGGUUUUGGAUGAGGGUAAUAAC